AUGACCUGGCGUCCGCGUCCCCCAACCGUAGCCACCACCGCUGCCGAAAACACCUUCCGUGUAGACGACACCUUCCGUGUAGACGAGGAGGACGAGGACGAGGAGGAGGUGUUCAACGGAAUCGAAAUCAGAAUGACAAACAACGGGUUCCACCCCUCUCACGUCGUCACAACGGUGGGAACCACGAUCCCGGUGGGAAAUGGAUCGGAAGCAGCGACUAGCGGAAGUGACCGCCGCCAGUUCCUGCGUGUUUACCAACCGCCUCAUCCUGCACGCGAAACCGCCUCAUCCUGCAUGCGAAACCGCCUCAUCCUGCACGCGAGGGGCCGGAUAACUCUAGAUGGGCGCCAUGAACAUAUCUACAUGGCAUUCACGGGCACGACAGCCAGGCUCAACGCAACCGCAUGGUUGACCGUCGUGGCGAAGAGCGACGAUGAAGAAAACGAGGAGGACUACGUCGACCCACCGUCCCCUUAA